GAAUUUUCGCGGGAGUAGCAAGCACCAAAAGGGUGUCGAUGUAAAAAUAUAUGAAUGAAGGGUUUUGAGCUGGUAUAUUUUACAAAAUUGAAAAUAAUAGCUAUAUUACGUAGUAUUUCUUGUUGAAAUUGAUUUAUAAAGCAUACGAAGUUCGUACCUAUCGUUUAAAAUAUUAUUCUAAUUUUUAGAACUGUAAUUCGUGAAAAUUGAAAAAAUCAUGGAAAAAAAAAGUAAAACUAAAAUAAUGCCAAGUGUGAAUCGCAUUAUUUUGAGGGGUUCCGUGCCUACAAUUGAAAGAACAUUUAGUGAACAAAAACUUGAACGUGAGUUGAUCGUGAAUUUUAUAUUGCUAGUAUGUUGUCGUUGUUAAUGACAAGUCAAAACAUGCAUUGGUGGAUCGGGUUUGUAGAGUGGGGGAUCUUUUUAAAUAUUUGAUUUAUUGUGUUUCUUUGAAUUUGUAGUUGUGAUGGCAAUGGAGAUGCAUUGUUUUUGAAAGUUUCAGCUACCUAAUUGUCACGGUUUAAGAGAUAUAGAGGAAUUUAGGUAUUAUUCAUGGUUUUUGUCUCCAAAAACGGAACCGUUUUUGGAUUGUUGACAAGGUGUUGUAUUGUACGCGUUUUAGACCCUAAAAUAGAACAAUCCAGAAGUCACGCCACUUUUCGCGUACACAGAGAAACAGCCAAUAAGGUUGAGGAGCUUGGUUUGUGUAGAUUAUGUAAAUUACAGAUGUGUGCGAGAAACGUCAGGCAAAUGGUCGAGCGAGUGUUUGGUUUUUUAGAAAUUCUACAAAAUUGGAUAUAUUUUUUAUCUAAAAUUCUGCAGUUCUGAUUUGAUAAAUUAAAUAGAAUUUGAUUAAAUAAAUAACAUCAUUAGUAUUAUAGUCUACUUAAGAAUAAAAAUAAAAUUAAAUGAAUAUUUUUAUGUCAAUAAGAAGUAUGAGAUUUUCAAUAAAUACCUCGAUUGUCAAUGUCGGGUAAAUGUCAUUUGGAUGUUUUUGAGGCGCGAGUGGUAGCAAUAUCGCAAUUGCCUGAGAGAUGGGACGGAGCAUAACGGGUAUAAAAGGGGUUUUGCACGAUUUUUUGGGGAACUUCGCUCGGAGCAAGAACAGCAGGAGGUGCUGCCGGUUUUAGAAAAUUCAAGUCGGACUAGAGUUUCUGUAAGUCGGUAGGGAUCCGUUCUGCUGGAUUACCAGCUGUCGCGACUUUUGAGAGCUCCGUAGCUCAGGAUUACAGUGCGCGAUUAUUAUUUUGUCAAUUUAUGUAAAUUUGCUCUUUAAUCAGCUAUUCGAACCUUCCAUGGUGUAGCUGAUCGUCUACCGCGCUAGAAUAGGGAUUAGAAUUAGUUUCCGUGCGUAGAUUACGUGAAAUAUGUAGGUUUUGUCCGACAAAAGUCCGCGGAGUGCGCUGUAGGGACCUUGUUAGGUUUUAAAAUAGGAAGUGUGGUGUACUAAUUACCUUUUUCUUACAGGCAUCGUUGGAAACAGGUCAGAGAUCAUCAGAUCUCAGACGACAGCUUCGUUUAUAACGCCCUGCUCCCGAAGUCUCCCGACCGACAAGCUCUCAGAAUGUAUAACUACCCAAUCUCGGCAAGUGCAGGCGACAUUUGCCAAAGGUGUCCCAGAGUUCAACAUAGAGCCUCUGGACCCUCUAACACUGAGUGACCUUAGUACAAAGACCGGUACCUUCUCUCUAAAGAGCACUAACGUCGUCGUAAAAGGGCUAAGGAAGAUCGAUAUUCGAGAGAUGAAAUGGGACUUGCAGAAGAACGUAGGACAGACGAGAAUCUUCGGCAAUCUGACUUUCCUAUGUGAUUAUGAAACUGAUGGCAGAAUACUACUGGUACCCAUCACUGGCAAAGGCAAACUCACUGUCAAAAUGUACAACACUGACAUGCUGAUCAAGUUCAAGAUCAAGACAUUCAAGGACGCUGAUGGUGUCGAACACCUUGAGACCUACGACUUCAGACCCACCCAGCAGUAUGGCAACGUCAAGAUUCACAUGAGCAACAUACUUGGAGGAAACGCUCUAGGUGAUACCAUCAACCAAGUGCUGAAUGAGAACUGGCGUGAUCUGAUGGCUGAAGUAGGCCCUCCAUUCAUCAAAGCCGUAGCUAAUAAGGUCCAUGACAUCGUCAACAAACUGUACUCUGGGGUACCUUACGAUGAGCUUAUGUUACCUUGAAUGUGUAUUUUUAAAUGCAAUAUAAGGCCCUAUUACCGAUUCAUCGGGCAUGAUGGGUCGCGGAGGUGUAUUACAUUUAUAAG